AUGUCAGACCUUGAAUUAUCCUCAUCAGUUACAACACCAUCAUCAACACCAUCACCAUCAUCAUCACCAUCACCAUCAUUGACACCACCGUCCCUAAAAACAAUUAAAUAUUUACCACCAUGGACAGAUCCAUACAUCAUUGGAAUUGCUGGAACAAGUGGUUCGGGGAAAACCAGCGUGGCUUCUAAAAUUGUAUCCAGUAUGAACCAGCCCUGGACAGUUUUAAUAUCAAUGGAUAAUUUUUAUCAUCCAUUAACUCCAGAGCAACGAAAUGAAGCAUUAUCUAAUAAUUUUGAUUUUGAUAAGCCCGAAUCAAUAGAUAUGGACGCUGUAUAUCAAGUUUUGAAGAACUUAAAAAGUGGGAAAAGGACAAAAAUACCUGUUUAUUCAUUUAACUUGCAUAAUAGGAUUCCCAAUGAAUUCAUUAAUAUCUAUGGUGCAAGGGUUAUUGUAUUUGAAGGUAUUUACGCUUUGUAUGAUCCUAAAAUCACAGCUAUGAUGGAUUUGAAAAUUUAUGUCGAUGCUGACUUGGAUAUCUGUUUGGCGCGCAGGCUAUCCCGCGAUAUUAUUAACAGAGGAAGGGACAUUGACGGAUGCAUUCAACAAUGGAACAGAUUUGUCAAGCCCAAUGCUGAUAAAUUUAUUAAACCUACCAUGAGAAACGCAGAUGUAGUUAUUCCCAGUGUCAGCGACAACAGUGUUGCGGUCCAAUUAUUGAUUUCCCAUAUAAAAACCAAAUUAAUUGAAAAAUCACAAGAACAUGUAAAAUAUUUAAAAAACCUUACGGUUAAUUAUAGUGAAAAAAUUACUUUAGAUGCGGUCCAAGUUUUGCCUCAAACUAAUCAAAUCAACUGCAUGCUAGAUAUCCUAUUGGAUAAAUACACUUGUCGGGACGAUUUUGUGUUUUACUUUGAUAGAUUAUCUUCAUUAUUGCUAAAUAAAGCACUGGACAAUAUGCCCAACAUUAUUCAAUAUAAAAAUAUUGAAACCUCAACAGGAAUUAAAAUUGAAAACAGCUGUUAUUUGAAUUAUGAAAAAGUUUGUGCGGUGCAAAUUAUAAGAUCUGGGGAUUGUUUUGUGAAGUCAUUAAAAAGAACGAUACCAUAUAUUCCAAUGGGCAAGCUUUUAAUUCAAAGUGACUCAACCACUGGUGAACCACAAUUACAUUUUGACAGUUUGCCCAGGGAUAUAUCAACAAAUUACGAUGCAAUUAUUCUAUUAGAUGCACAGAUAAUUUCCGGUGCCGAGCUUAUAAUGGCAAUCCAAGUUUUAUAUGAUAAUAAUGUCCAAUUAACUAAAAUUAAAGUUGUUGUAAUGAUUGCUACUGAAAUUGGCUUAAGGAGGAUCAUCAAUGCGUUUGGAAGUGAAUUACAAAUUAUAGUUGGAAAAUUGGUUAAACAUGAAGAUUUAGAAACCAAUCCAUGGGCUAGAAUAAGGUUUUUAGAUUCAAAAUAUUUUGGCACCUAG